AUGGCUGAGCCCCUGCCAGCGGCCUGUCCUCCCCGGAGGACAGGAGGGGCCCUGGUGGUCUUGGCGCCCCCUUCCCGGCUCUGCCCAGAAGGAGCAGCGGGCACCUCCGCCCUCCCCUCAAGGGAGGCUGCUCACUGCCCACCCAAAGUCAUGCUGAAGGGGGGUCCCCUAGGGGGAGUGGCCCACGCGUGCCCCUCCCAGUGGACGGGGAAGCCCCACAUGGCUGGCCUUGUCCUAAAGGGGGGUGUGUGGGUGGACCUUCUACCAGUUGUCCCUCUACUGUUGUCAGCCCCUCCUGCCGUGGGGUUCUGGGCCUGCUGGAGGCUGGAGGACACCGUCCUGAGCCCCAUGGCCAGCAGAGAAGACCGGGCGCUGACCGUGCGUGGGGGAGGUUGGCGGGCCUCACCCAUCCCCGUGCCUGCCCGCAUCCGUGAGAUUGUGGCUGGCAGCCUGGGCGAGGAGCCGCCGCAAGGGGUGCAGGAGCCGCCAGCCGCCUCGGCCCACGUGCAGGAGGAGCUGCUGGCCCAGGCGGGGGCCGAGCGGGACGAGCUGGCCGGCAGGUACCGCGCGGUCAGCGAGCGGCUGCAGGCCCGGCUGGAGGCCACCGAGGCUCGGCUGCGGAGGUCAGAGCGGGAGCACAGCGUCAACCUGCAGGAGGCCCUCGGCCGGCUAGAGGCUGCCGAGCAGAGGAGCACCGGCCUCUCCCAGGUGAACACCCUCCUGCGGGAACAGCUGGGACACAUGAAGAAGGCCAGCGACAGACUGGCCGAGGAGCUGGCCGGGACGAGGGGCAGCGUGCUCCGUCUGCGGGCUGAGCUGGAGCUGCGGGAGAGGCAGCGCUGGACCCAGAGAGAGACCCAGCGUACUCGCGCGGGGGGGCACCAUGAUGUCCUCCUCCUGCAGAGACAGGUCACAGCCCUCCGUGGACACCUGGCUGAGCUGCGUGCAGCCACCGAGAGGGGCCUCGCUGACAUGCGAGCGGACGCGGCCAGGACGGCCCAGCGCCUGCACACGGCCUGCCUGAACCUCGGCUCCAACCUGCGGCUGACGGCCAGCCGCCCAGCCAGCGCCCUGAAGCAGCAGCUGCAGGACAAGGUGCGGGAGAUGCUGCAGCUGCAGGGCCGCUGGGACGCCGAGAAGGUGGCACUCCAGGCCAGACUCUGGGAGCAGACGUUGCUGGUGGGGAAGCUCACAGAGCAGAACACAGACAAGGAGAAAACCAUCGCCUCCCUCAGAACAAAGGUUCAGGAACUGGUGGUGCAGGCAGAUGCGGGGUGCCCGGAGCCAGCCUGGAGUGGCAGCACUGAAGGCCAGGAGGCGCAGGGCCAACCAAGGAGCCCCCCACGGGCCGCGUCGCCCCCACGGGCCUGCUCCCCGGCCGCCCUGGACCCUGCGCUGCGGGCUGUGCAGGUGGCCAUUGAGAGGCGGCGGCAGCGGGAGCAGGAGCUGCGCCGGCGGCUGGAGUCCUCCGAGGCAGCGGCCGCCGGGCUCCACGAGCAGCUGUCCGAGAGCCAGCGGGAGCUGCGGGCCUCGCGGAGGCUCCUGCAGGAGCGGGGGCAGGAGCAGGCCCGGGAGCGCCAGGACCUCCUGGGCAAGCUGGGGGCGCAGCGCUGCCGGGAGUCCAGCGAGCUCCCGGGAAGGACUCACCUUCCCAAAGCCCAGGCUGAGCACGUGCCUGCCCCUUGGCCUGCAUCCCAGGCUCCCGGCUGCCCGGCCCAUUUCCACACUCCCCUCCUGGGAGCAGGCUGUGCUCUCUCCCACCUCCCCGCUGGCUGCCAGGACUCCUCCGGGGGUCUUACCCAGCCUUCACAGGUGGUCCAGAAAACCCCAACUCCCGCCCCAUCCACUGGGGUGGCCCCGCGUGCCUUCCUGGGGUGUCCUGCGGAUCUGGUGUUCCGUGGUGCGGGCUGGUCUGGCCGCAGGGUCCUGGGGGCGGGGGGGAGGGGCAGGCUGGCGUGGCCCCUCAGCACCGGGGGAGGAGGGGCUGAACCCAGGGACGUUUGGGAAAUGGGGCCUCCGGACUCGGUGCUUCAGCGCACGGCCGGGGGAGAGCUGCUGAGACUGCAGCUUUGGCUGGUGGGUGGCCGGCAGAGGGGACCUGGCCGGGGGGGCGGGCCACCCGGCGACAGGCAAGCCCGCAGGUGGCCGCCCCAGGGGACAGGCCAGCCAGGGGCCGAGCCGCUGGGUCUUCUCCCCCCUCCCCACUCGUCCCUGAGCCCCGGCCCCGAGUGGCCUCCACGGCCCCCGCCCUGUCUACCCUCCCGGUACUCGGCCGAGGCUCGAAUGCACCCAGUGAGGGUCCCUCGGCUGCCCUCCCCGGCUGCACGCCCGGGACCCCCCAGCUUCUCCUCCCCUGCUCCCGGAGAGAAGGCCGCUCUGGAGGAGGUGGUGGAGGAGCUGGGGGACAAGGUGGAUGCUUCCGCCAAGGAGCGGCAGAGUCCCAAGGCCAGGAACUGGCGCUGCCGAGAAGCCUCCCGCGGGGGGGCGGGCCAGAAGGAGCUGGUGAGGCAGGGCGAGCGGGGCCGGAGGGAGCUGGAGAGCAGGCGGCCGGCCACCAGCGGGCUGUCCUGUCCCCUCUGGGCCCCGGCGUCCUCACCUGCUGAUGGGACCUCUCCUUCACCAGCCUCAUCUCAGGGGUCGGGGUGCCUAGCGAGACAGCAGGCCCGCCCCACGGCGGCCGGCCCCCACCGCCACCCAGACACCCCCUCCAAGUCCGGCCCAGCGCCACCCCCGGGGCAAAUCCGCCACCCUGGGCCCAGCCGAGAUGGUCAAGGGCGCCUGGAGCAGCUGGAGGAGAAGGUCUCAGGGCUCAAGAAGGAGCUGGUGUCGGCCCAGGAGGUGCUGAACACAGCGCGGCUGCAGAGGGACGUCCUGGAGAGCGAGGGGGAGGGUCUGCGCAGCGCCCUGGCCCGGGCCGAGUCCAGCAAAACCGACCUGGAACUGCUGGUGAGCCAGCUCAAGGCAGAGGGAGUGGAGCAGAGACGCUCCCUGGCUGAGAUGGCUGCCCUGAUGGAGGGGCUGGCCCGGGACAAAGGCUCCCUGAGCCACCUGGUCCUGCAGCUGGAGCGGGUGCUGACCCAAGAGCGGGCGGGUGCCCGAGAGCAGCUGGCGCGGGCACAGCAGCGGCUGGAGCUCGUGCGGGCCGCGCGGAGGGGCCUGCAGCAGGCCUGCGAUCACCUGGAGGGGCUGGAGGGGCAGGCGGCCCGGCUCCGGCACGAGCGGGCCCAGCUGCAGGAGCAGGUGGGCCAGGUCACAUGCAAGAAACAGGCCCUGGAGGAGCAGCUGGCCCAGAGCCUGCAAGACCAGGAGGCCCACAUGGCUGCUCUCCAGAGGGCCCUGCAGGAGAAGGAGGCUUUGUCUGAAGAGCGGGUCCAGCUGCUGGCCAAGCAGGAGGCCCUGGAGAGGCAGGGCCAGCUCACAGCUGAGGAGGCAGCUGACCUCAGGGCCGAGAGGGACUCCCUGGAGAGCAGUCUCCUUGAGGCCCAGCAGCUGGCGUCACAGCUGGCGUCACAGCAGGAGCAGCUGGAGGGAGAGGCCCGGAGCGCGAGGCUGGCCCGGCAGGCCCUGCGAGUGCAAAUGGAGCAGCUGAAGAGCACCUGGGAGGUCCAGGAGACGAAGCUGCAGGGGGACGUGGGGCGGCUCCUGCAGCAGGUGGGACAGCAGGAGCAGGACACGCAGCUGGCCCUGGAGAGCCAGGCGCUGGCCCACCUCGAGGACCUAGCCCGGCUCCAGAGGGAGAAGGAGACCCUGAGUCUGUCUCUGACAGAGGAGAAGGAAGUGGCAGCACGCAGGCUGGAACAGGAGAAGGAGCUGGUGGCAAAAAGUGCAGCCAAGAGGGAGGCUCUGAAGGAGGAAAUUCAGAGCCUGAAGCAUGAGCGGGAUGAGAGUCUCCUUCAGCUGGAACAUGAGAUGCAGCAGGCCCUGUCUCUGAGGGAAGCGGAGACCAGCCAGCUGAGGGAGGAACUGUCCAGGGCCGCGUGGGAGCUGGAGCUGGUGCAGCAGGAGGCCCAGGGCCGGCAGGAGCGAGCCGAGGCCGCCAUCAGCGCCACGACCGCAGACCUGAAGGCCCUGCAGGCCCAGUUUGAGGACGCCAUCUCGGCCCGUCAGAGGGAGGCCAGGGCUCUGGGCGAGAGGCUCCGGGAGAUGGCGGCCGAGCGGAGCAGCGCCCGGAGAGAGGCCGAGAGGCUGCGGGCACAGCUGCACGAGGCCCAGGAGGGGCUGGCCGCCCUGCGCCGGGAGCUGCAGGGCAGCGAGGAGAGCCGGGAGGGGCUGCACAGGGAGGCCCGGGACGCCCGCCGGGCGCUGGAGGACGAGGCCCGAGAGAAGGAUAUGCUGCGGGAUUCCAACACCGAGCUGCGGGCCACCAUCCGCAGAGUCGAGCAGGAGAAGGCCAGCUUUCAGCGCUCCAAGGAGGAGAAUGAACAGCAGGUACUGGUGCUGCAGGAGGCCCGGGCAGCGGCUCAGAAGGAGGCCGGCAAGCUGCGGGCCCUUCUGCAGGGGACAGAGCAGGCACGGGCAGACGCCCACCGGCAGCUCCAGGAGCUACGCAGACAGGUGAUGUCACUGGAGGCCGAGAACCAGAGGAAGAGCCAGGAGCUGCGCCGCAUGCAGCAGCAGAGCCAGCAGGAGGCGCUGGAGCUGCAGAGACUGGCGGCCGAGGCACAGGCAGCCAGAGAGCGCUCGCAGAGGGAGGUCCUGAGGCUGCAGGAGAUGCUGGUGGAGGUGGAAGCCAGGGCCGAGGCCCGGGAGAAGCAGCUGGAGGAGGGCCUCUGCGAGAGCCAGGGCGCCGAGCGGACCCUCCGGGCCGAGCUGCACGGCGUCACCAGGAAGCUGCAGCAGGCCAGUGGCACGGCCGAUGGCCUCCAGGCUCGCCUGGACAGGGCCUGCCGCCGGGUCGGCAGCCUGGAGCAGGAGCUGGCCCAGGCCCAGGGCGCCAGGCGGGAGGUGGAGGCCCAGCUGGGCCGGCUGUGGUCCACGCUCCGCCUGGGCCUGGGGAUCCAGGGACAGAGCCCCAUGGCCUCCCCCGAGCGGCCCGGCUCCCCCACCAAAGGCUCAGAGGGCACCCAGGGUUACCCUGGGCAGCAAAGUGCCAGCGCCCCCAGCCGGUCCCGCUCGCCGCUCCGAUGGCCCUCGCCUGCCCCGGGAGACCGCAGCACAGAGGGGGCCGUGGCCUCGGUGAGGGACGCCCUGAGGGACUUGGCGCAGAAGCUGCGGGAUGCCCAGCGGGAGCGGGAUGCCUGGCGCCACCAGGUGGAGAGCCUGAGCAGCCAGCUGAGCGAGGCCGAGAGCGAGCGCGCCCGAGCCCAGAGCCACGCGGGGCAGCUGCAGAGGGCGCUGGCCGAGGCAGAGGAAGGCCGGCGCCAGGCGGAGAGUGAGCUGAGCAGCGCACAGGCUGCGCGGGCCCUGCAGGAGGAGGCGUCCCCGAGGCUGGAGCACCUGGCAGGCGCGGAGGGGCGGAGGCUCCAGAAGCACCUGGACACGCGGCACCAGGCCCUGGACGAGAGCAGGAGGCACAGGCAGGGCCUGGCCCAGAGGGCGCUGCUAGAGGAGCCGGUCGCCCCCCUGGAGCGCAGGCGCGGGAGGCCCUGCGGCAGCUCCGGGAAAAAUAAUCAGCCGAGCCUGGGUCUCAGCCUCAGGCCGGAGCGACCGGCCCACGCGCGGCCUCUGCCCGGCCCACGUGCUCCGGCGGCGGCGGCGGCGGCGGCGCAGGGAAGGGGCGGUGGGCGCAGCGCGCGGAGAGGCGUGUCCUGCGGGAGGAGCGGCCGCGCUGCGCCCCGGGCGGCCCGCCUGCAGGGGGAGCCCGCGGUGCACCGGCCCAGGUACCCGGAUCCGCUCAGGGUCAGCCUGGCGUUGGCAGGUCACCCUGUGGACCUCCACAGCCCUCCGAUUCCCCUGUCCGUGGUGGAGAUGGCCAAGGCUCAGCGGGUGCCCUGCAGAUGGGGGCAAUGGGAGGGAACAGGCACAGCCGUCCAGCUGACCCCGGCGGAGCGCACGGCUGGGCUCUGGGCCUGGGAUUCUGAUGCCCUCUCAGCACCCCCAGGGGCACAUGGGGACACGUGUCCCGGGCAGGCCCUGGCCACCAUGUGCACACGGUCCAGCUCAGGGGGGCUCGGGGACAGGACGGUUUUCCAGAGGGAAGUGGCCGGGUCAGUGGGGUGGCCACGGAAGGCAGGGACCCUGGGGACAGAACUGGGGUCAGGACGGAGGCACAGAGGCCAGCAGAUCAGGACAGUCACUGAGAGCCAGCGGCCAGCUUGUCCACACAAGGCCCCCUGCCCUCUCACAAAGAAGGGUUGUCCAGCGGGCAUGGUCACCAGGACCCUGCAGCUUCUCCCGAAGGGCAGGCCCAGUGCCAAGCUGGGGGAGCCGAGGGCUCCCGUGGCCGCUCGGGGUAGGGGGCCUGGGGGCUGGGAGGCCGAGAUGGCACUGCCCCGGGCAGCAGAGCCAACCAGCCGGGGAAGUGGAGGGGUCUGGUUUGGGGCCCAGAUUCCGAUCCUGCCCCAGUGGCUGACGGGCCAGCAGCCCCACACGCUGGACGGCCCAGGCCACUGGGCAUCCUGGCCAGGGAGCUCCCUCCCCCAACCCAGCCAGCUCUCAGGGGAUCCAGAGCCCUUCCUGGGGGCACCCCACGUGCUCUCCAGGGACAAGACAGAGCUGAGGAGGGAAGGGGACAACAUGAGGGCGGGGGCCGAGAAGGAGCCGCUGGACCAUACCCUGAGCCGCCUGCACCAGGAAGCGGACAGGGCCCUGAGGCAAAACCAGCAGGUCCAGGUCCAGAAGGCGGAGCUGGAGCAGGCCUACACCCAGCGGCUCCAGGAGCCGGCCACCCAGCACCAGCGAGACCUGGCAGCGGAGGCCGAGCGGCUGCACGGUGCCCAAGUACAGGCCGCACAGGCCCUGGCGUCCCGAGAGAGGACCCACUGGCAGCGGGUGAAGGUGCUGGAGAAGCAGGUGGCCAGCCUGAAGGGGCAGCUGGACCAGGAAGUGCAGCAGCGGCGACGAGCCCGCCUCGGCCAGGCCUUCCGGGCCAAGAACUCUGUAAACAUGGGGAAACACGUGGAAAACAUUUCCACCAACUGGAGCCAAAAUCAUAAUGUCCCGAAGGGCCAACUACCACAUCCCUGCGCACAGAGGCGGCAGGACCUCCGUAUCCAGGAACUGCAGGGCCGUCACGGUGGCAGGUGGCUGCAAGUGACUCAGAAUCCAGUCCCCCCACCGCGCUUCCCGCGCCCCCGCACCCCCCCCCCACCCCGUGACUCACUGCCCGUGUGA